AUUAGCAAAUGGAAGCCAGGGAAAUUAGACAAAUCCAUGCCUUGAACGAAGACCAGGUAAAACAGCUAUUAGAGGAUACUCAAGGACAAAAAUUUUAUAAUAAAUAGACAGGUCUUGCUCUACUUUCUGAGGUAUAUUUAUAACCAUUCAGAAUUGACCCAAAAGUACGAGGAAACUAGUUUUAAAGACUCAGAUCAGCUCUUUCAAAUAAAAUAUGCCAAGCCAGGAGAUAGUGAAAGGGAUAUUAUCAAUGUUAGAGGGUUAAGCAUCUAUAACCAUCUUGUAUUGACCGCAUUACAUAGAGGAAAUGUGAUUAACAUGCCCUUGAACUUGGAUAAGGAGAUCAACCUGAUGGGAAGCUCUUAUACUGUCAACAAUGCCAAUGGAAGAGAUUUUGCAAAUCUCUUCUUUAGGUUUGACCAGCUCAACAAAUCAUUCAAGUCAAGGUUCUUAGAUAGAUUCCUUUCUAGAAUGAAAGUUGAGCAUCUUUUUGACAUGAAAAAGGAACUAUUGGUAGAAAUGUUCAAAUACUUAGACUUUGAGUCUUUAAGAGUCAUUCUUAACUCCUGCUCCUAUCUCAGAGAAGAAUUUUGGAAGCAAAAUGAGUGGUUCUGGUUCAACCUGUAUUCGAUUAAUUUCGGAAAGCCUCCGUUCAAAUCUUCUACAGGAAACUGGGCUAAAAUUUAUCGAAAAAAGCAGAUUAAGAGCUAAUACAUAGAUAUUUCAACCAAA